UUGAAAAAAAAAAUGACUACGGUCGCGUUUCUGUAAUGAAGGUUUUUAAAAACCAGCUGAAUAUUUGUUAUCUGGGACUUGAAAUGAACAUGACUUGCCUUUAAAUAAUGAUUUACACUUUGGGUUUAUGGAGGGAUAAUAUUUAUAUCAGACUGAUACAAGCAAGCAGUGCGGCACUUGAGGUAGUACAUUCCAUGUGUGAUCAUGACCCACUUCUCUGCGAGCCGAACGCAAAUAAGUCAUCUGCACUUCAGAUGAAUAUCUAAAAUGAGUUGGGUGAAUCUGAUGACAUUUCUUACAACGAGUUUCAUAAUUGUCUCUUGCUCUGUCUAUAUGAACGAUGGUACCCCCGAGGACACCGAUGCCUUGUCUAUAACGAAGACUGGGUUUUGCUCUGCAGAGUUGGAAAGCUAUGGAGAAAUUAACCUCAAACCACUGACCAGAAGCGACGGACUUCCAAGUUUUUAUUCUACUCUAACUUCCCAUGGAGAGUCGUACAAUUAUACGUUUAAUCCCUGUCAGCCAUUUAACGAGCCGAUAAAUCCUCAUCAGGAUGACGGGAAGCGAUUUGGGGAUGGAUGUAACUAUGUCACGUUAUGUAAAUUUACACAUGAAGCUAAGCGGUACUUCUACUACCCCUAUGGUAUCCAGAAUGAACAAAGCCCGGAGUUUUCUCUGGAAGUGGACAAAAAUUCCCAGACACCCACCGUCAUGAUGACGUACACUGGGUCUAGGUCAAUGUCAACAAAGAAAAGUCGUAUUUACCUCAAAUGUAACCGGAGCCUCCACGACCCAGAGGAGGCACGCUUCAUUCUGCUUGUCGACAACCCUAGAGUUGGAGUGGAAGCUGAACUUCACCACGUAUGCGCAUGUCCAGGGGGAUGUAAAGGUGGAAAUCUACCGGAAGCUGGAUCACGUGAAAUAAAUGGGGAAGUAGCAGAUUCCAAAGACAGUAGCGGCCACGGUACAAAGAUCAUUUUGAUUCUUGGCGUAAACAUUGGGAUUCUGGUGUUAGCGGGAUGUGUAGGAGUCACUUGUUACAGCAAGCGAGCCAACCUCCAACUCUAUAACAAAAUUCCAGUGAGAGCCACAGCUAGUCACGUGGUUACUAUGGACAACACUGAGGCUCUACUGGACCCUGGGGCCAGUAGCCGUCCUUUACCGAUAGUUUCACCACCGACAGACCCCCGAGCCUCCGCCUAUAAAGACUACGAACCCGAUGCUAACAAAAAUAGAAACAAAAAGAUAAAUAUACCUGUGCUAGAUAAUUGCCUCAUCUCUAAUGAGUCCUUACAGCUUUCUCAAAGACUCGGCGGAGGAAUAUACAGUGAUACUAAUGUCGGUGAGUACUGCGGAAUGAAAGUUGCCGUGACCAGGAUCACUCUCAACAUCCAUGACGACCAGAUGAGUCAGGAAACGUUGAACUGGAUGAAGGAAGAAGUAUGGGGGCUAAGCCGUCAAAGACAUCGGUAUAUAGUGUCGAUGCUGGGUAUAUGUGUAGACAACAGACUUCCUUACAUUGUGUCCGAGUUUGUGGAUGGACAGAGCGUCAAGUAUUACAUCAACAACAGCACGGAAUCCCUCACGUGGCCACAGAGGGUCAAAAUAUGCAUGCAAGCAGCCGAUGGCAUGGCGUACUUACAUUCAUCGAAGCCACCCACACUACACAGAGAUCUGAGAUGUGCCAAUAUCUUUAUUAGUAAUAAUGACGUUGUAAAGGUUGCAGAUUUUGGUCUUGUAAAGCUAAUACAGCCACUCAGAAUGCUGUGUGAUCAAGAAGAGUGUUGUUGUCAAGGUAUAUUCAGUGGCUGUCCAUCUUCCCUGCGUUGGACCGCCCCUGAGGUCAUACAGAAUCCGCGGAGUCUGGAGAAAGACCCCGACUCCCCCCACACGAUAUAUUCCGACGUGUACUCUUUCGGGAUGUGUAUGUGGGAGCUGGCUGUGUGCGAGGACCCAUUCGGUGACAUCACAGAACAAGAGGUGAUGGAAAAAGUAAGACAGGGGACGCGCCCGAGCUCUGUCCCCAGUGAGUCCUCCAAGGAGAUCAUGCCGCAGUACGGAGCCUUAAUGCACACCUGUUGGAAUGCCAACCCAGACAAUCGACCUAAAUUCACACAGGUGGCCACGAGAUUGAAAGAAAUCCUGUCUCCUGCCAGAACUUACCAAAAGAGUGUUAUCACGAAGAAAAAACAAUCCUCAAGUUGAAGUCGUGUUUUUGAUAACAUUACAUUUGUACAUUUUGCUACAGUGAUGACAGAUCCUAUGUAUUCGAGACAACGGGGGGAAUCGGAGUUUGAGAUAUUGAAGUUCAACUGUACCAAUACACGUAAAAGUGCCAAAUUAACUUCAGUAAAUCAAAUGGAGGAGAGCUAUAUAGGGAUUCGAUUAGGAUGUUUUUAUUGUCAAAUUGUGUCAUUUGUAAAUCACCCAGGUCAUUCAUAUUGUUCAUUGUUUACACAACACAUGCACAUUUAUUCUCUUGUCAUAGGGCCUAUUUUCAGGUUAUAUGUUUCAUUUUUAUCGCUUAAAAUUUGCCAUUAUUGUUUAUUGAUGUUUUUAAUUGUACAUGUAUAUGACGUAUCAUUCAAUGUUUACAUUACACAUCACCUACUUAGGUAUGAAUUUGUUUGAAUAAAAUGUAUUGAAUCGAUAUAAAUAAUCUUACACAACAUGAGUGAAUUUGGUUUUGCUGAAAGUCGAUCCCUUUGUGUGUACAGAGGCAAUAAAUAGCGCAGUAAAAAUCUGAA